AUGACACUGUUCCUCAUUCUGUCGUCUUUCUGUUUGCUCAACGCAGUAUAUUUUGUAUACAAGCGACUUCAACGCACAUCGAUUGCGACUGUUCCUGGACCACAAUGGAAGUCUUGGCUCUAUGGAAACUUGCCAGAAUUGGUCAAAGGCGAAGUAGGAGAAGGCGACUUUAAGUGGCAAGCUCAGUAUGGCGACAUCAUUCGAGUCCGAGCACCUUUGGGAGAGGAUCGGCUCCUUGUCUCCGAUCCCAAAGCACUUCAGUAUAUAUACCAGACUAGUGGCUACAGAUAUAUCAAACCCCCAGGUCUUAAUGAGCUUGGACGACUGCUCAACGGAACCGGAAUUCUGUCUGCCGAAGGCGAGGACCAUAAAAGGCAUCGUAAAGUUCUCCUUCCAGGUUUUGGACGACCUGAAGCGAAAUUCUACGUACCGGUGUUUUUCACGUAUGCUGGGAAGAUGGCGUCAAAGUGGAAGGAAUUAAUCUCCACGACUGAUGAACAGUCUGCCGUUAUCGACAUUCCUUCCUGGACGUCGCGUGCAACAUUGGAUGCGGUUGGCGAAGCCGCAUUCGAUUAUCAGUUUGGUGCCCUUGACUACUCGUCUAAACCUCUGACCGUCGCAUACACAAACGUUCUGUUUGAUACUCUUGCCGCACCUACCAACGAUGUUACCCUAUCGUUAUGUCUAACGGAAUGGCUACCCAGAUGGGUUGUACGACUUAUUGUUGAGAAGGCACCGAUCAAACGACUGGAUCACCUCAGACUGUCGCAUGACUUGACCCGCCAGGUUGCAAAGCAGUUGCUGAAUGAGAAAUACGAAGCUCUUGCUGCGGACAAACCUAAGAGGGAUAUCAUGAGUUUGUUGGUGAAAGCAAAUCUUUCGGAAAACCCAAAGACGCGACUCAGUGAAGAAGAGCUGCUCGGUCAGAUGAACACUAUCAUGUUUGCCGGCCACGAAACCACCGCCAACACGCUCUCCUGGACGUUUUUCGAACUCGCGAAACACCCCAACGUACAAGACCAGCUAAGGGCUGAGAUCAGGGAGAAAGAAAGAGCAAUUUUUGUUCGCGGCGGUACCGAGUUCUCCGUGCAGGACCUGGAUAGUAUGCCUUAUCUGACUGCUGUGGUGAAGGAGGUGCUUCGAUUCCAUCCCAUCGCUUACCAUAUAUUCAGAAUAGCAGCUCAAGACGACGUGAUUCCUUUGAAUAAUCCCGUGACGUUGACGACGGGAAAGGUGGUGAAAGAGAUUCCCAUAUCCAAGGGGACGUAUAUCACGACGUCGAUCGCUGGCUAUAAUAGGAAUAAGACUGUGUGGGGAGAAGAUGCCCACGUCUUCGACCCCACACGGUGGUUCCGAGACAGCAUGAGUAAGGAAGUACCGAUUGGUGUCUACGGGAACUUGUUCAGUUUUGGUGGAGGACUCAGAUCUUGUAUCGGUUGGCGAUUUGCUGUCCUUGAACUCCACGCAUUUAUUGUGGAGGUUGUCAAUAACUUUGAAUUUUCUUUGACCGAGCAAUCUGAGCGGAUUCGGAGGGAGGCUUGCGGUGUAAUGGUACCGACUGUGGAGGGUGAGGUGGAGAAAGGUUCCCAACUUCCACUGAGGGUAGCGGUUGCCUCUCGCGACUGA